UCGCCCUCGGCCGCGCGCAGGCGGCCCGCGCGCCGGCCGCCCGUUGCCCUGGCAACCGUCGUGCCGCGUCUUCCUGAGGGAGCUCCUGUCAGCCGGCUGAUCCCACCACCCGCUCCCUACUGCCCCGCUGUUUUCGCGUGGGCUCCGAGACUGAGGGACAACAAAAAUGGCGGAGCGAAGCCAGACGGCUCCUGAGGCAGUAAGAUUUCACAUAAAAAUAUGAAUUUAUGACUUGGGAAGAUCCAUGUGAUUAGAUAAAACUGGGCCUGUGUUGCUGCAUAUUCACUGUUGGCUAGAGCUGAGCAGCUGGUGCCACCUUUAGCAGAGGACAAAGACUGUUCAGUAAUGAUAUGGGAAAUGAUGAUGCCAUCGGAGGGAAUGUGAGCAAAUAUAUAGUGCUUCCAACUGGAUACUGUGGACAGCCCAAGAAAGGACAUCUUAUCUUUGAUGCUUGCUUUGAAAGUGGUAACCUGGGCCGGGUGGACCACGUCUCUGAGUUUGAGUAUGAUCUGUUUAUUAGGCCGGACACCUGUAAUCCACGCUUCCGAGUCUGGUUCAACUUUACUGUUGAAAAUGUGAAAGAAUCACAGAGGGUCAUUUUCAACAUUGUUAACUUCAGUAAAACCAAGAGUCUCUACAGAGAUGGGAUGGCCCCUAUGGUGAAGUCUACCAGUAGACCAAAAUGGUAAGUGAUCUACAGUAUAGAACCCCUUCCUGGUUAGAAAAUUUGACCCAGUUCCCAUAAAUAUAUACACCUACUAGUGUACCCAAAGAAAAUUAAAAAUAAUUUUUUAAAAGAAAAUUUGACCCAGAGCUCAAGUUUAUCUUCUGUAUGGCUGGGAGUCAGACUUUCUGUCACUGGAGAAGAAUGAAGAUGAGUUUCUGUAUGGCCAUUGUUUGGGUACUGUUCUUGAGAAUGUUGGAAAUAUGGUCCUGUGCUUGAAUGACCAGCAUUGAAUUAUGAGAAAAGGCAGUCUGUUAUUUGGUAAGCUUCCUGUCCUGUUUGGCUUUUAACAUGGGAUCUUUGGAAACAUAAUUAAAAUUGGUUCUUUUUUUUCCUAGCAUAAGCAUAGAUUAUGUACAGUAACCUAGGAAGACAUUAGGGACUACAGUUCCGUAGCUUUCUCUUGCUUUGCAUAGUUUUUGUGGAUUUUAAAGUUCUAUUUGUACCAUUGCUACAGUGAGGAAAAGGGGAGUUGGAUAGGACUGGUUAAUAGCUGUAGUAAUGAUGGUAAUAUUAACAUUAAUAAUACUAGUAAUAAAACUACUCCAUUUACUGAAAACCUGUCUGUGUCAAAUGCUUUAUAUUUGUUGUUACCAUUUCUACAAUUUUGCAAAGGAAAUUUAAAAUAUCCCUAUGUUACAGAUAAAAAAAAUUGA